UGAGAGCAGAGAUUCCUAAGCAAGCUGGUGACUGUUUGAGACUCCUACAGAGCGCAGUGAAUCUGUACAGGAAAACAGUGAGUGAGCAGUGAUUCCAAUAGAUCAGUCUCUGAAAGGAAGUAGAAUUUUCACAUGGAGUCCAACGGUACCCCCAGCGUGCAAUACGACCGCUGGAAUGAGGAAAAUAUCAAUAUGAACGUGGAGGCUUCACAGCCUGUUCUGAGAAGGAUCUACAACAGAAUGUGCACCGGCAACAUUGGAAUAGCAGUGAAGGUUACAGGAGCUGUAGCUGCACUGGUGACUGUUUACAUUAUAGGAUAUGUGACUGGAUACCACAUUCAUCGCUGCCCGUAGAAUGAAGGAACCCAUCACAAGAUAAAAGUGCAUGGACAAACCAUGAAUUUAUAAAAUGCUACGUUAAGUGAAAAAUUCUGUGUUGAACAGAAUUCAAAUCAACUCAUAUUUCAAUUUUUAUGGAAAAAAAUACAAAUCUGUGGCUUUAUGUGAGAUUCACUGCCUCUGAUAAAUCUCAUAUCCACCUUCUUAAUAAAAAGAAGCUGAAAGCUGUAUUGCAGUCCUGAUGGAUAGCUGUUGCUACUGUAAAACUAUAGCAUUACUGGGCACUCAGCUGUACUUUAAAAUGCACUUGUAUCUGAAUGUUUCUUGCCAAACAGAGGAAAUUCAUUAUUAACUGACAUCAAGCACUGACAGCAUUUUCUUAACUCAGACAGCCUUUUCCUUUUUUGCUGUACACUGAUUUCAUUAUGCUUUUCAGCCCGUAAUUAGUUUUCCAGCAUUAUGUAGCAAAGACAUACUGAUUUGUACAUUCAACAAUAUUUGCAGCACCUAGAUGAAUGUUCCAAUUUUCAGAAAUGCAUCUAAACACAAUCACCAGUUAAACUGUGCAGGAUUGGCUGAUUACACAGCAUCUUAAAAAGGAGUGACUGCAGCAGCUGACCUGUUAUAGUUUGUGAAUAACCGUCCACGAACAUUCACCAACAACCACACAGGAGGUUAAUUUCCCAGUUGUUAGCGCAUUACAAUUAUCUUGCGCAGAAAAAGCAGCAAUGACGAAUUGUGCUUAUUAUGGAGACUUUUAAGAAUCAUGUAGCACAUAAAAUUCUGCUAUUAAAAAGAGAAAUUAAGUUAAUCAAGACUAACUGUAGCAUUCCUGACUGAUGCUUAGGUUAGAAAUACAACAGCAUCUAAUGUAGUAUUUCUGAAUGAAUCUGAAUAAUGCCUAGCUAAACUCACAGUUUGCUGGACAUUUUACUGCAGCUCCUUUGUAAUCAUUCCUUCUUCUAAUGCUCUGCUUUAAGAACUCACUUUUUUUGUUUCAAAUAAAUCCAACUUUUA